AAUUGAUAUGAGAUAUCUCGAUUGGUCCGGCAAAACAAUAUCUCCUGUCAACAUCGCGCCUGGGAACCCCCCCAACUUCUAUAUUCAGACGGAGGGUCAAAUGGACAACAAGACCACCCGGUGCCCACAUGCUCGGACCAAUUGAUUUAAAGCAGGAAGAAAGCGGUUUGUUCGGGUUCAGUGGGAAUCGCACUGCCGGGCUCAGUCCAUGGCCACAUUCUAUCCUAGCACUCCUCACCUCCGUACUGCAUAUCACAUGUCUGACAAUACAUCGCCGUCCAUUACAGAGAAAAACCUACAUCGAAACGCUCAAGCUCUGCAUAUCUAUUCUGGGGUUGUUGGUUUUCAGCAACUCAAAUAUGAACUGGUAUCUAUUAAUAUCAGUACAGCCCAGGCGUUAAACCAACAAUUUGCUCCAACCGACUAGUAAUCCGCGGCAAUC